ACUGCUUGGGUCCUCUCCUGUUUCUGCAGCUCUGAGCUCGUGUGAGGACAAGGAUGGGGCACACCAUGCAAAAACUCAAACGAGUUAUAUUGUGCCUUGGACUUGUCAUAAAUGUGUUCUCUGCCCUCAGGAAGCAAAACCCCUGUAGUCAGUGGAGAAGAACUGGUCCUGGAGGAUUUUAUGUAUUUUACAGGAAUAAAUUCAAACAGAGAUUUCCAGACCUUACUGUUUUAUUUAAAUGGCUAUUUAUGACUUUUACAAGUUGUUGGUAAAUGUCCUGUUACAUUGGAGCAGGAUUUAGAUUCGCUCUGGGCUCUAAACAAACAGAAUUGUCAAUAUGUGUUAGGACCGAGAGACGUCUUUUGUUGGUGGCUGGGUACAGAGAACAAAUACGAGAUUUCCUCACCUCCAGAACAGUUUGUACAUCCUGAGCAACACUAACCACGGCGUGUGUAGGCAACAGUCUGUGCCAUCUCCUGCACUGCAAUUCCCUUUUAAGUGAACUUUGUGUCCUGGGGCUAAUCUUUGUUAUUUUUUUGUGUAAUACACGUGGGCUGCUCUUGCACUCCUUUUUGAUGAUGCUUUGGGAGUUGCCCCUCAGAGGUCAAUAGGAGCAGUGAAAGGCUGAGUUACGGUUCAGUGUAUUUUGCGUUCUCCAGAGCCAAACCUGCAGCUGUGCUGCGGGAGCCUUUGUGCCUCGAGCACCGGGGAUCUCGAGGGGCAGGGGCAGGAGCGCGGGCGCUGCUGCAGUGUGGCUCGGAGCCCUGCCGUGCGUGGCCUGCCCACGGGAGUACAGGCGGGGCUGAGGCUCCGGGGAGCACAUUCCCUGGGAGCACGCAGCUGCCAGGUUUGGCACUGCGGUGCAGCCCUUGGACCUGCGGCUGCCCGGCAGCACAGAAAUAGCCGCUGAAAGCUGGAGGGGAAAAGAGUUAAAGAGCUUCCCUUUCACCUUAUGCAAAUACACAAGGGAUACUUGGAAAAGAAAGGGAUGUCAGGAAUGCUGUUGGGAGGAGGGACAGCUGUUUGCUUUUUGUCCUCCCACAGAGUACAAGCUAUUUAAAUAUUGACACGUUCUGUUAUUAAAAGACUUUCUUUCCUGUAUUUUAUGGUUAUUAAGUUAUGAAUGGUGGAGAUGGAGAGAUUUGUAAUUGCUAAUUCUUCCACUUGUAGUGACGUUGAAAAAAAUUUCUAUUUUUUUAUUUACUCGGAGAAAUAUGUUGGUAGAGGUUUCUAUCAGAUUUAAAUGGUUUCACCAAGGAUUGUGCUUUUUCUUUUAAUAUCAUUGCUUUUAGUUACUUUGUAUAUUUUAUAAUCUUAGUAGGCUAUCUGAACAUGCAGUAAAAGAAGAAAAUUUCAGACGAUGCAAUCUUGAAGAGAAAAUGGUGUAAGAUUAAUAUUAAAUGUCAUUGCAGAACAUUAUUAAUGCAGAUAUUAAAGCACCUGUGGGUGCAAAAGUUAUAUAUAUUUGUUAUUCAUAAAUAUCUCUGAGUGGUCACUGGAUCCUUCAUUGGUUCACACAUGGCCUGUUCCAGCCUUGGUCACGUCCUGGGGAUCUGUUCUCCUACGAGGUCACUGCAUCUAGAACUGCAUAACCACUCACAGCGUCCAUUUGCAACUGCUAAGGAAACAUGUUAAUGGCAUGAAACAUCUUGGGCUGCGGAGCUCUUGCAGGGGUGGGAAAUGUAAAACCAGAACUCCUAAAGCUCCAGGGCAAAGAAUUCAGCAUGUGGUUAGGUUAGGAAGUAAUCUUUUGAAAUCAACAGAUCAUGGGUGACACCAAAGGUGUCCAGAGUCGCUGUUGGGCUGAGGCCUUGGUCAUUAAUCAUAGUUUAAAAUUAAGGUAUUUCACCUCAAUGUAAAAUGAGUUUCACAAAGAACAUGUUUUGCACACAGUACAAAUCACAGUCUGAAAGUAAUUUGGCAUGAGAAAGGGUGUUUAAUUUGAUAGUAGACAGUGAGGGUUUCAUGUCCUCAGGUAGUUUUAGCUGGUCAGACGUGAGUGAUUUACAGUUGCUGUUUGGUUUUGAGGAGUAGUGUCUGUGUACCCAAGGGAGCCUUCAGAGAGUGAAGGUUGCUCCCCUUGUGUCGAGCUGACUGGCAGACCUCUGACAGACUUUGGCAAGGUCGGUGCUUUGUUCUCCAAAUAUUGCACCCUGUCAUUGUUAUUUUGGAAGUGAUCCUUACUCUCUUCUGUAAUUACCCAUCUAAUCAUCUGGUCGAAGAUGGUGGCAAAAGUUGUAAAUAAAAAUGGAACAGAAGAUGGCCCAGGUGCAGGGCAGCCUCUCGGUGUGUGCCUGGUUUGCAGUGGCUGCACAGGGGAUGGCGAGAGAGGAAUCUCUGCCACGUUUCAGCGUCCAGAGCUCUGCGGUCUGGACGGGAGCCACGGUUUAACGCUGGAGUGACUCUGGCAACUACAAAUCCCAGGGAGCCGUGCCCAGAGCAGCUCUGUGCGGGCGGGCUGGCACCGUGCGGGGCCAAUGGCAGCGGGGAACUCCCAGCUCCGUGCGUGUCAGCUGCCAGCGCUCAAAAGCGCCGCACGGAGCUCGCUCCGGACUGCGAGCUGCCUGUUCCCUGAGCUACUCCAGAUUCCUGCGUGAGCUCUGACGUGACGCUGUGUUCCGCAGCCUCCCUGCCGGCUGGAAGAAGCCCGCUGCACCGGUGCCGAUGGAUGCGAUCCUGAACUGCAAGCCGGAGGACCUGGAGGAUUACUACAACUUGCUGGGAUGCGAUGAGCUAUCGACGGUCGAACAGAUUCUUGCCGAAUAUAAGAUUAAAGCCCUUGAAUGUCAUCCUGACAAGCACCCUGGAAACCCCAAAGCAGUGGAGGAUUUCCAGAGGCUGCAGCAGGCCAAGGAGACUCUGACCAACGAGCAGAGCCGGGCGCGCUACGAUCACUGGCGCCGGAGCAAAGUCGCCGUCCCGUUCCAGCAGUGGGAGGCCCUGAGCAGCUCCGUCAGAACGUCAAUGCACUGGGCUGUCCAAAGUAAGAAGGACCAAAUGCUGGAAGCUCCUGACUUUGGUAAUAGCAACAACAUAACUAACGAGAUGUGGAGCCAAGAGACGGCAAACAGUGGAGAUGGAUUGCUGGGAGGGAGCAGGGAACAAGAUGAUGUUGCAAUCCCUGAUGUGAAACCACAGUCUUCAAAGAAUCCAGACUCCCCAAGAUUUUCAGAGGGGAAUUACUGGCACUUGCGUUUCCGCUGGUCAGGCGAUGCUCCAUCAGACCUUCUGAGGAAAUUCAGAAACUAUGAGAUCUAAAAUGAGAAACACAAAGAAGCAUGAGAUCAUCUGUUCAGCAUUCAGUUUGGUUUUUUUAGCAGCAGUUAUAAAUGAUUUGCAUUUUGUAUUCUUUGAUUGUAAUGUGUUGUUCCAGUCAAUGUCUAGAUACUGAUUUAUCACUCAUGCUGUGAGCAUUACAGACAGAGAUUUUUCUGUUCAAUAAGCAAAGCCCUUUUCAAUAUUAAUAUGAAGUGAUGUUGUGAAGUUAUCUAACAUCUUGUAUUCUCAUAUAUUGUGUAGUGAUUAAUAUUCUUUCAAUGGUGUGAUGUUAUAAAAAACAUACUCGCAGUAGAGUAUGUUCCAGGGUGCCCUAGUCAGCGAGGAUCUUCCAAAAGCUUUAUGACAAUGAACUGUAAACAGAGCUGUGCUUAUCUCUUAACUCUGUGCUCUGCUUCACUUCUCCAUGGCAUUGUACUCACUGCAGUGAUUUAUAAUGUACUCAUUACAAACUUAACUUGUAGGAGAGUUGUGGUCUCAUGUUAUAGAUGAAAUGAGAAGGUUCUUGUUAUCCAAGGUCUCUGUGACAGAUCAAGCACUCCUAAAAAUCACUUGUCUUCUACCUUAACAGAAACACUUUUUGCACCAGCUAUUUGUUUCGGAAGGCAGUUUCAGAACUUUACUUCUCCAGAUAGCAAUUUUUGCCUUAAGAUGUAUUGGUGGAAAACUGAUCCCCUGUGUAUGUGUGCCAGCAUUGUCCUGUGCUUCAUAGCAAUUCCCCUCCCUGCUCAGGUGUGCUAGACAUGGUUUUACCAGGGUUUUGUAUGGUGAGGAAUGAAAAAUCAGACUAGUCAGCACUAAUGUGUACAAAAUCUCACAUGAGAAGUUUUUGAUACUUCGGGCAACUUUUCAAAUUCUACAUUGUUGUUUAUUUAUUUUGUGUUUGUUUUCUUCUUUGCAAACUUGGCUAAUAUGUCAGGUGUUGACAUCAUGGUUUUGUGCAGGCAGAUAAUUCCAUCAGCAGCAAAUAAAACUUCAUGCAUACAGAAAA